AUGAACCCAACGAUCCUAACCCAAUCUAUUUCUCACGACAACGAUUAUUCAAAAGAUAUAUCACCUACAUCAAGAUCUCUCCCCUCAUUCUCAGCAAAAGAUUACUUGCUUGAAGAAUCUGUAUCAUAUCCUCGCACAAGAAAAUACACAAUAGAAGAAGACUUGUUUAAACACAAAGAAUUUCCACACCCAAGAGUAGUCAGGGCUUCUCAUAAUGUAAUUCACCUGAAUUACGCUGAACACAAAAUUCAUGCUGAAAAAAAGGAUCAUCAUCUGAUAAUAUUAAAAAACAGGCCAAUAUCGAGCUCCCUGCUGCUUGAUCCGAUCCCAAAUAAUUAA